AUGCGUGCCUCCUCCCUCUUCUUUGCUUCGCUCUCGUCCUCCCUGCUGUAUGCGGUCCAGGUGACUGCUCACGGCUACCUCGCCUCGCCGCCCUCGCGAGCUGCGCUCUGCAAGGCCGACGGAUCCCCCACCGCGUGCGGUGCCAUCCAGUACGAGCCCCAGUCGGUCGAGGCGCCAAAGGGCCUCCCCUUCGCCCGCACCGGCGACGGCCACCUCUGCUCGGCCGGCGUCGAUCGCUUCCCCGAGCUCGACCGCCAAGGCCCCAACGCCUGGAAGCACCAGCAGCCCUCGGACACGUUCAAGUGGAACAUCCUCGUCCCGCACUCCACCACCGACUUCAAGUACUUCAUCACAAAGGACGGAUGGAACAGCGCAAAGAGCCAAGGUCUCUCGGCCUCGGACCUCGAAUCGACCCCCUUCCUCCAGGUCAAGAUGGACGGCAAGGAACCCACUGGAUCCGUCGUCCACAAGGCCAACCAAAUGCCCAAAAAGAGCGGCUACCACAUGGUCUAUGCCGUCUGGACCAUCGCCGAUACGGGCAACGCAUUCUACCAGUGCCUCGACCUCGAUUUUGGCGGCGGUCACAGCGUUAGCAGCUCCAACAGCAAUGGCGUCGCCUCGGUCGGCGGCAACCAGGGUGCUUCUUCUGCGUCGUCGUCGUCGUCGUCUUCGGCUGCGGCGGCCAACUCGCAGGAGGGUGGUGAGGGCGCCAGCUCCGCUUCGGGAUCCCAGGCUUCCGCCUCGUCCUCGUCAUCGCAGCACGCAGACAGUGCCGGCGCGCACAGCAACAGCGCUAACGCGCAGUCCAGCAGCGGCUCUUCCCACGCUCAAGGCCAGGGCAAGCCCCCAGCCUCCAAGGGUCGUCAGCACUUCGCGGAGAGCAACACCGCACCCGCCGGCGCCAGCUCCAUGUCUUCGUCGGACAAGAAGGCCCGCUGCCGUCGACGUGCCCAGGCCAAGCGCAGCCAUGGCGGUCCUUCCUUUGCUGUCCUCAACAACGGCGGCUCGAGGAUGACGAGGCGCAGCGCUGCCAAGCGUCCUCAGGCCUAA